CAAGAAAGUUAAAUAUUCAUAAAUUUUAUUUUUAUAUGCUCAAAUCAAUUCGACGUAAAUUGUAGGCAAUAACAGAUUAUGAAAAUGAAAAUUAUGAGGUAUUGAAAUAUAAGAUUUAGAUAACAAUAGAAUUACUUAAAAGGGGUGAUUUAACAAAGACAGAACUGGAAUUUAUGAUGAAAAAUUUUGGGAAUUUAAAAUUCUUCGAAGAGUAGAAAUCUAAGCUUCCUCUUUAUCUUUAUACGUAAAUUUACAAGAACCUUAAUUAUGAGAAUGUAAGAGCAUAUGAAUCAGUUUUUAAUUAUGGUAUAAGCUAAUAUUAUGACUAGGUGAUAUGGGAUCAACAUAUUAUAUAAUUCUAAAAGGUGAAGUGGUGGUAUUGCUACCGAAACCUUAGAUAUAGGAAGAGUUAUUGAAUCAUCGAUUGACAGUUGAAUAGAUAAGAUAAAGAAUUGAGAAUGAGAAAAGAAAAUAAUUUAGCGAUUUUAAUGAAUAUUUAACAAUAGCAUAUUAAGACUUUAUAAAGGUAAGAGUAUUAAAGGCUGGAGAUACAUUUGGAGAAUUAGCUCUAAUAACAAAAUCAAAGAGAACAGCAACAAUAAUUUGUAGUGUAGAUUGUCAUUUUAUGACUCUUUAAAAAAACGCUUUCGAUCGUAUUUUAUAUGAGCAUCACAAUUCAAUACAUAAAUAAUAAUUAGCCUUCUUUGAUAAUAUCCCUUAUUUACAUGGAAUACCUGAUUCACAUUUGACUUAACUAAUGCAUUAAAUGAUAGAGAUUUAACCUAAAUUGAACAGUAUAAUAUAUAAAGAGAAUGAAGAGUCACAUUCAGUAUAUUUUAUAAUGACUGGAGAAGUAGAAUUGUCAUAUCAAAUAAAUAAUAGAUAAAGGAUUGUUAUAUCUUUAAUGACAAAAGGAGCAAUAUUUGGAGAAAAUGAAAUACUUAAAGGAAUAAAAAGAACUUAAAAGGCUACUUGUAAAAGUAAUGAGACAAUAUUAAUGACAUUGAGUUCUUAGCAAUUUCUAAUGACUUUAGAAAAUCAUAAUUUAACAACUGAUUCUUCUAAGAAAUCAGAAUUAAAGGCAGAAAGACAUUUAAAGUAAAUUCUAUUGAGAAGAAAAGCUACUGAAUCUUUACUUACUAAUCGACCUCAAACAAAGACUAUUUUAAAUUUAGAUUCAGAAAUUACUCGUUUUUGUUAGACUAGAUAAAUUUCAUUAAGUAAUCGGCAUAUUUAACAUCCACCUAUUACAAGCACAAAUUGUUUAAUUCCUAUUGAAAUUCCAAAUUAUGUAAAAUUAACAUCAGAGUAUCAAAAAUAAAGUCAUUAACUUUAUAAAUUAAGUAAUACAAAUUCUAAUCGAUUGAGAAACUUGUUAAAAACAGAAAGAGGUGAAUUAACUUAGUUAAAAGGAUCUUCUUAUUUUUCAAAUACUUCUUAAUAAUCUCCAAAACAUUUUGUAAAUAUUCAUGUAGAGAGAUUAAGAAAAUCUAGACAACGAUGAAUCUUAUUUCUAAAAUGUGUAUAAA